CGGGAUAUUUUCAUUACAGCUACAUUCUACCUUCUACCACUCGAUACGGGUGCUUUCUACUGUAUUCAGAACAGAGGGGAAUACCGGUACCUGAAUUGACAUGCCCUCAUCACCGCCAUCCAUGAGCUAUAUCAGCUCCCCCCUGUCCGGACUUCAAGCUUGCCCGAGGGGGCAUGAAUUCGGGCCUGAAUUGGGAUCCAGGGUGGCUCAUGGCAGCGAGUAGCUAUCAGAUCACAGAUGUCAUAUGCUCAAGCUCUUCAUGAUACAUAUGGACCGAAAUCGCCUUAUUAUGGCCCGUGUCAAGCUGAAACCAACCAGGUCAUUGGCUUUGCCAACUGCUCUAAACUUAAUUACCAUGAUGCUUCAUUCGUACUCAUGUUAUUUGUGGUCUCCACUAGUCCCUAACAACGAUUUCUUCUUGUGUUCAGUUAUGCUAAUACAACGUGAGUUCAUGCUCGUGUUGCACAUACCGGGAGAUGCGUUGAGGAGUCUAAGUCGAGAUGGCCUCAGCUAGAAUUCAUCUGUUCCUGUUCUCCCGGGAUGGCAACAAUAAUAUCGUCAUCGCCAUCGCUAUCAUCAUCUGCACAAUGGCAACCCUCUUCCUGCUCGUGUUAAGCCCUCUCAGUUGCACUGAACAUGCCUGUGCCGUCACAGCAAGAUGGCAGGCGAUGGCGGAGACCGGUCCUGUUCUCCCCUUCCGAACUAUCGGCCUGUUGAAAGUCGGACUUCGUGGAGCUUCCCGGAAGAGAGCCCAAUGCAGCGACUUCCCGCUAGCAGCAAUCUAUCGGAUCUUCCCGAUAACCCUCUGGGACAGUCUCCGGUGGGCCCACAUACCCCACGGUCGUCAAGUCCAAGCGAACAGGAUGGCCACUCGCCUAGUCGGUCCAGGAAACAUUCUGCGACACCGGUCUCUUUCCAAACCCGAGGGCACUCCACCUCCGCAGAAUUCCACUCGGGGAGCGCAAAAACUUACCAGAUGUGAACUUCUGUCGGACAAGUCCAGGGAUGAAGGGGGAUAUGAUUCAGAUGCGGAGAUCAUCAUGAGUUCUGACGUUGUAAAUCGAGUGUCAACUCCUUCCAAUCCGGUCACCAUUCGCCAUGUGCAAGCAGAUUUUCAAGGGGAAGUUCGAGACUGUGGCGAUAUCUCUCCGUUCGUAGUUCCAGUUCUGAUCACACAGUUGUGCAGCACUGACCAUGGAACUAGUGGUGCUCCUAUUACCCUAGAGGGCGAAUGGGAAGCGUCAACUGCUCGAGAAACUGUGUCGCCAGCUGAAAUCGCUUCCCAUGACAAUGGUCAUGACCAGACGAGUAUGUUCGGGGCACAUCUAUGCGAAAAUCGCAAUGGGCCAACGGUCUCAUUUCAAGGUAUCGAAUUGGAGGAACCUAUUGCAGUGCUUGAUGGCAAGGUGGGUGGCAGCAGGACAGUGGAGCCCGCAGAAUAUCCUUAUUCGACGGUUGAAGAUUCCUCUCCUCCCGCACAGGGAGCCGGAUCACCAGCGAGAUCACACCUCCUCCAACAUAUGCGAAUUUCAAACCUUUUACGAUCGACAUCUAGAGCGUCAAGUGCGUCAGUUGCGGUCGGUCCCUCUUACGGACUUUGUCGAACCAAAUCCGGCUUCAGCAUCGUGUCUCGCCCUUCUACAAGUCGCCACCUCAAGACUGGCCUUUCUAGAUCGGGGUCCGGCAUCCGCAUCGAUUCGCCAAAGCCUGACGAUUUGCUGUCGGUGUCUUCAUCACGACCAACGACUCCGCUCCAGAGGUCUAGCCAGAUGAUGAAAGACGAGGACAUCCCUCCGGUUCCCGAUAUUCCUCCCCUCAUGGCCAAGGCGUUGGAAACUCCCAACCACGAUGUGACAACCCCGUCGCCAAACACCAUCUACCAGUCGGCUUUCGAGGAGAGGCCGCACAAUUGGAUGGGUUUGGGGGAUUGCAAUAGUGCAGACAGCUCCACUGCUCGCAGAGACUCCGGGAUCGAUUCUAUUCAGCCUGAUUGGGACCCACCAGAUGUUAUUUGUUACAAAGCGAAUCCGAAGAACAAACGAGACUCUGUGGUUGGAUAUCUUCAGACAGUCACUAAAAAGAAGAUUCGAAGCGGAGAGUUCCUCUAUCAUGACGGAGCCAACGACGACCCAAUGACCCUUAACUCUGGACGACGGCCAUCCGUCCUUGAACGGAGCGAAGCGGUCGAUAUGUGGAGGAAAGCGGUUCAAGCCAACGAAAACGAGAAGUCUACCCUCUUUCUACCCCAGAACCAAGGCAAGACGUCUCCUUACGCCCCUCGAGAGCGAAGUUCGUCUUUGCUCAAUCGUGUUCCAUCCCGCUCUGCCUCCACACUACCCACUCACGAAAACCGGUCUUCCUUUGGUGUCCGCGAAAGCCCUUCCGUCUCUGGAGUUCCGUCCUUCAAGAUCGAUAGCUUCCUCUCCCCUCGCUCUGCUGAGAAUGCCGUGGAUACUCCAUCUGCGAGAUCUCUUUCUCUGAGUCCGCUUCAGCAAACCCCUGAGCACGAAGCCAUGAAGCGGUUUCCUUCAUUGCAGCCGCUUUAUCAACUCGGCGGUUUAGCACACAACGACGACAUCUCUCGCAGUCGUACAUCUUGUGGAUACGUGCCCGUCAUCAAAGUCUCGGGUAUUGACCCUGCUACGCUAGGCGUUUGGGCGCAGUACCCAAGCCAUACACGCGAAGAGCGUACUGGGAGCGCUGGCCUUGCCGACAAUGUCAUUGUCCGAGACUUUGCUGUAGAGCAGUCGACGCCGAGGAAGAGCGGACCCAUUUUUCGGCCUUCCUCAACGCCUAGAUUGUGGCUUCGUCGCCAGAGGAGAGGCAUUGGGCUUCCCAAGAGCAGGAGCAUAGACUUUAGCAAAUCGAUUUUUAAAAAGUAUGCUCGCAUUUUCAGCCCCCAGAGCGACGAAUUCCGACAUCAAGGCCACGGCCACCGCUCCUCAGUCUCGGCACGUGGUGCUCUACGAUACCCCGACCUCGAAUUGCUUCCACCUGUGUUCCCAGACUCAACGUCAUCAGCAGUGGAUAGAGUCCGAUCCACUGCCCACUCUCCUGGUACUGCGAUCCCGAUUCCCGACAUUAGAUUUGAAAAGGCCGUGGUCGAUUCGAAAAUGGAUGGCAAAUCUGGCGCAGAUACUCUGGAUCUGUCACCCGCACAAUCACUGCCAGCUCCCCCCCAAGCAAACGUGGCGAGCCCACAUAACCUCAGUCUGCGUCAAGCGAGUGUCUUGGAUCUACCUUCUCAAGUCGACGGAUGUCCGGACCGCGUAUUGUCGCCCCGAAGUGCUGCCGCAUGGGCAUUGAUCUAUCAACAAAGUCUACCGAUCACGGAGCAAGUCUUCGCCAGUCGCGACUCAUCCACCGGGAAUGCACGGCUUUCUGACUUCGAUUUUGGCUUCAAAUCUGCUGCCCCUUCUGCAUAUGAGCUCGCGCCUUCCCAUCCUUGAAUGUUGGGCAUGGCUCAAAAGAGGAAAUAUACUAGAACCUCCGGCAAUUGACUGAGCUCUGUCGUUGCUUGAAGUAUUAUCUGUUGGUGUAUGCCUCUCCAUGGACCAUUAUUCAUAGCAUUGCAGUCGAUGUCGCAUCAUUUUAUGUUGUCUCAAGGUCAAUGCAGUCCUAUUAUUUUUAAGUUGCAUUAGGGAAAUUAGCACUGAUUCCUGAUCAGAGCAAGGCAAAGAGUGGCCACUUGAACCUGUGGGAGUCAUUUAC